CAGCAGUUCUACCAGUCAGCCAUGCGUGGAAUAUCGCGCUCAGAGAGACGCAAUGUUGAGAGGAUGAUGAUGGGGUAUGCUAAGCAACUACCAUACGGCACUGUACAGUACUGUGAGACUGGAUACAGAAAGAGUUCAGACCCAACAGCAUGGGGCCUCGCUUUCAAAGUGUGGAUCCUAUCUCUGACCUUGCACCCAUGCAUCACAGUAACAGGGAGACCCAGGAGGUCGUCUCUAGCGUCCCCGUGAUGGUUCUCAUCAGCAGGGCCAGGCGAAGUUGCCCUGGCUAUCGCGGCUCCCACAUGGACUUGGCGGUUUGUUUCUUUUCCGCAUUGUCGCUGUGUGCUGAUGCAUCAUCAAACGCCCAAUUUGCUAACAUUCGAAGAUAAUAUGUGCGCCUUCCUGCGUCUGUCGACAGUGACGUAGCAAAUUGCAUCGCCUUUGGGUCAAGAAACUCUGCUACAUAUGGGCGUGCGUCAACUAAAAGAGAAGCAGUCGGGAGAACGGAAAAUUGGUCAUUGACGGUGACAUGCAUGAUAUUUCCCAUGACUGUAUGCUGAAGCAGGGCUAUUAUCUGAGGAUUGUCAAAAAAGGAGGGAGGGGGUUUCACUCCCAUGGGUCGAUGAUUGCCAGCGGAACCCUGAGCGGAAAGGGGAAGUCGUCUGCGUCUACCACACAGCAUAAUGACGAGCAAACACACCGACAGAUGUGUUUCGGUCUGGGGGGGGUUCGCCGCGGCAAGCGACAAAGAGGAAGUGUCAUAUGUCACAAUCUUGGAGCGUCAAAUUAAGCAAAAGGUGACAAAAUGAUACGAAUACAAACAAACAUGAUGCCAUGCCAUGCAUACCUUGGCUGGAGCUGAGCAUACAUACAUAAGAGUUGAGCAAGCACGGCACGACGCGAUAUUGACAUUGAUUGCGCGGUGGUCUGGGCUGAAUCUAUUAGCUAGAAUCAUCAGUCCCCGUCGCGUCUGGAGAAAGCUUGGACGGACCAGGACCAAGGGAUAGACGCAGGGGGGGGGGCGGAUGAGCAUUGCUCAAUCAAUAUCGAGCUCCAAGCCUCUGGGAAAUGCCACGCCAUAGGCAAACGGCGUGUUGUGAAUGAAUGGUAUUGGUCCCGGAGCCACGCCGGGCUCCAAGCUCUUGCCCUCAUUCCUGGGGUGCAUCUAUGUACAUACGGGAUGGGUGAGGAGGCACUUGGAAUCAGAUUCUCGCUCACUCACUCUGUUCUGGGAGUCUCUCUCUUGGCCGAUCCGCACACUCUCGCUCGCUAUUCAGCCUUUGGUUUGUGGGCCCCCCUGCGCCCUGUCGUCCAGCCGUGGCUGUUGUUUCUUUCUAUCCCUGCAGGCAGUGGAAACUGAACAGCUUCUGAGCCUCUCCAACGGGCCUUUGUCAAUUUUGUCCGUAUAGACUUCAAGUUAGGUGCUGGUGUUGGCAAAGCGUGCCCAUACUGUUGUUUUUCUUUUGCUAUUCUGCCAUGAGGCAUUGGGUUACCUCCGUACGCCUACACCCGUCGCCGAAUAUUUUCGGUGUGAUUUUUGAGCUCAACCUAAUGUCCCCAUCAUGGCAAACACGGUCCAUCUGAGUUGCCUCAAUCACUGCUGGAGAGGCUGACAUAUGUGCAAAUGAUUUCGGGCAACAUGGACAAGUUGGGGAAAUGGAUCCGCAUCCUGGUGUCGUGUCUGAGAGUCAGUAUGUAGAAGAGCAGAAGACAUGUUAGGCUGUUCUGGAACUUUGCGAAGGUUUGGGGCGUUUCCAUCAGAAGGCGGCGAAACCGUCUUGGUCAGCCAUGACUGACUCGGUCUGGUAUGCCGCGUCGUGUGUCGUGC